CCCGACAAAGCGGAAAACCAGUUCUGCCAUAGUAACGUUGUUUUUUCAGUUUCUCAAAUCUUAGAAAGAGCUUAUUCUCUAAGAAAAUUUCAUAACAUUAUACAAAGAGCUUAUUCUCUGCUCUUUGUAUAAUAUUUCAUUUUGAGUUUGAUAUUGAGUUCCGUUCCUGAAAAGGGUGUGAUUAAGAGUUUUGAUAGAGUUUGUAGCAAAGGCCGGUUGGUAGGAGAUGGACUGCUUCAAGUGUAGAGCGAAGCGGCCUUUGGUUUGGUUCAGGAGAGUCAGAGGCAGAAGGGAAUAUGAUGCUCGACAAACAUAUGCAUCCAUGGUUUCAACCUUCUCAAUGAAAACAGGAAGCAGCAAGCAUAGGAAUCUUGCUCAAGAGAUACUGAAAUUAGGACAUGCAAGAAUUUCUGCUCAAGUCUUCACAUUUUAUGAUUUGGCUGCUGCAACUGACAACUUCAAUCCUGAUUGUCUGGUAGGCGAAGGUGGAUUUGGGAGGGUGUACAAAGGAUACAUAGGGAACACUGAUCAGGUUGUGGCUGUUAAGCAACUUGACAGGAAAGGAUUGCAAGGAAGUAGAGAAUUCUUUGCAGAGGUUCUGAUGUUAAGUCUGGUUGAACACCCAAAUCUUGUUGAUUUGAUUGGCUAUUGUGCAGAUGGUGAUCAAAGAAUUUUAGUUUAUGAAUUCAUGGCCAAUGGAUCUUUGGAAAAUCAUCUUCUAGAAUUACCUCCAGGUAGGAAGCCUCUGGAUUGGUAUACCAGGAUGAAAAUAGCUGCAGGAGCAGCUAAAGGACUAGAAUACUUGCAUGACUUUGCCAAACCGCCGGUGAUUUAUCGUGAUUUUAAAGCAUCUAACAUUUUAUUAGAUGAGGAACUCUUUCCAAAGCUCUCUGAUUUCGGACUCGCUAAGAUAGGUCCAACAGGAGGCAAGGACCAUGUGUCCACAAGGGUGAUGGGGACCUAUGGCUAUUGUGCACCAGAGUAUGCUUCAACAGGACAACUGACAACAAAGUCUGAUGUGUAUAGUUUUGGUGUUGUGUUUCUGGAAUUAAUCACAGGUAGGAGAGCUAUUGAUACAGCAAGAAUGACUGAGGAGCAGAACCUAAUUACUUGGGCACAGCCGCUUUUUAGGGACAGAAUGAAGUUUACAUUAAUGGCUGACCCUUUGCUAAAAGGAAAUUACCCUGUAAAGGGUCUUUAUCAAGCUCUUGCAGUUGCUGCAAUGUGUCUUCAAGAGGAAGCUGACACCCGACCUUUGAUGGGUGAUGUUGUAACUGCUAUUGAGCAUCUGGCAACGCCAAGAGACGAUGAGAAAAUUGCUUCAGAUUUAUCAAAAUGCAGUGGUGCACAUGCUGAAUCUGUGAGAGAAGAAAGUGGCAAUAGAGGGAGAGAGCUGUAGCAUCAAAGGGACUGAAGCUCUUGCAACUAACUGAAAUGUGGAAAACAAACCCAUGGUCUAGAAUUUGAUAUAUAAAGAUAUAAGCUCCUCUGUCACAGUCCAACAAUAUGCAAGUUGUUCAAAGUGUAAGGCCUGCUACUACGAAUGUCACCCUGUAGCUGUAUCUAAUUUAGCAGUUCAAUUGAUGAAGUAGACGUCAUAAGUUCAAAUCUCAUCAUAUAAAACUAAAA